AUGGAUACACCAAUUUUUGAAGAAGCAUUGUACGGCAAUGCGUAUGACGUGAGGGAGAAUUCUAAUUCCACCGACAUUAAUGUUUCGUCUUUGAGUGAAGAUGACACACCACAUGUAGAACAAGAGAAAGAAUCUGAAGAUGCUUUUCAGGAAAAGGAUGAUGCUACGGUAAGCAAUAAUGAGGUCUCGGAUCACAUUGGAAUUCCAAUGGCGGAAAUCCCGUACGUAGGAUUGAGAUUUGAUUCGUUACAAUGGGCACAAGAGUUCUAUUCUAAUUAUACGAAGAAAGUUGGUCGUGAAGGUUAUCGGGAGUCUCGAGUGAAGGCAGCAAUGCGGGUAAAGAGAAUAACAACAGCUGGGUGCAAAGCAAGGAUGUACGUGAUGCUUGAUAGGAAUAAUAAUAAUUGGUUGGUGACCAAAUUAGAAUUGAAGCACACCCACGCGUGUUCUGCCGAGCAAGCUAUGCAUUACAGUGAGUAUAGAAAACUGACCAUGCAUGCCAAGUGUGUGAUUCAGAACAACGAUGAGGCUGGCAUACAGUCUAACAAGACUUAUCUCACACUGGCGAACGAGGUUGGUGGGUCAUCAAAGUUGGGUUACUCAGAAAAGGAUGUUAGAAAUUUUAUAACGAGGAAUUUGCGCUGUGCUGACGUAAACGAAGAUGUGAAGGAAAUGAUUAGAUAUUUCAUGCGAAUGAGAGAUAUAAACCCGAAUUUCUUUUAUGCAGUUGAUAUGGACGAAAAUAACAAGUUUAAGAGUGCGAUAUGGGUAGAUGCAAGAUGCAGGGCAUCGUAUGAAUAUUUUGGAGAUGUGGUAUCGUUUGAUACAACGUACAGAAGGAACAAGCAUGGACUUCCGUUUGCAUCUUUCGUUGGUGUUAACCAUCACGGCAAGUCCACACUACUCGGAUGUGUUUUGUUGGGUAAUGAGAAAAUUCCUAGCUUUGAGUGGGUCUUUAAAAACUGGUUAAAUUGCAUGGGAAAUCCCCCACAGGCCAUCAUCACGGACCAGUACAAAUCCAUAUUUGGCGCAAUUAAAAUUGUCUUCCCAAAUACUAGACAGCGAUGGUGUAUAUGGCACAUAAUGAAGAAGAUACCACAUAAGCUCGGAGGAUAUGCUAAAUACAGGGAAAUAGAUGAUAAAAUGCAUGGCACUGUUUGGAAUGCCUGUUCUGAAGAGUCUUUUGAGAAAGAUUGGUAUGCUUGGAAGACCUUUAAGAAAAUCGUCGAAUGUGGGUUCCAAUAUAUUUCCAAGUUCGUGCAUGAGUAUGACAAUGUGCUUGGGAACAAAGAGCAAAAAGAACUGGAGGAUGAUGCUGCAGACUCUAAAGGAGUUGUCCCAUGUUCAUCGAGCUCUACAAUUAAAAGACAAUUUCAGCGUGAGUAUACAACCUCUAAGUUUAGAGAAGUCCAACAUCAAUUCAGUAAAAGAGGGGAUUGUUUAGUCCGUGGGGUCACUCAAGAGGGUGAUUUGUUUCGGGUGACCGUGAACGAGCAAUACCUAUUGUAUGGAGAGCCUAGAUCUUGGAAGUACAGUGUUGAGCUUGACCCCAAGACACACAAGAUUUGGUGCGAAUGUAACAUGUUUGGCUCAAGAGCACAAGAUUUUGUGACAUGUGAAGAAGAAGCGGCCAUGUUACAUUUGGGUCUUGAUCAGUUAAGGUCAAAGUUGCUUGAUUGUUGUGCGAACUUGGUGUCCAGGCGUGUUCCAAGUUCACAAAAUAGCACGGUUACACAGGAAGACCCCCAUCUUGGUGAAUCUGACAUCCAAGGUCUUUCAAAGGUUUCAACGAAGGGUCGGCCAAGAAUGAAGAGGCUUGGAUCUGAACUCAAUGCCUCAAUCAAGAACUCUAUGCGAAGAAAGAAGAAGAAUCCACCGCUGGAUGUUGAUCAAGCAUUGAAUCAAGAUGUAGUGGGUUGA